CACCGGCCAAGGCGCUAAGACGACAAUCAAAUUAUUCAUUUAGUAGGAAACUCCAAAUCUGCAGCAAUUGGUCUAAUUCUAAAGCAAAGAAGGUCGGCUACCAAAAACGCAAAUGUAUUUCCCAAGGUGUGAGUAUGACAGCGAACUUGGGUUUUCCCGAAACCACCUAUCACGUAAUCUUAUGACUCGAUUUAUCAAAUAGUGAACUAGUUUUUCCAUGUUCAUUUGCACUGAUAUUUCAGAUGAAUGUUCUAACGUGAUCAAUAUUAUUCCAAAAGAGUCCCAGUCCUUUAAAUGAAGAAUAAGAUAAUUAGAAAAGAAUAAUCCACUACCCAUCGCGUUGUUGGCUCAUGGCCCAUAGAUAAUAAAUAUCACCAUCUGGUGUGAAUUUUAAUUGGAACAUGAGGUUGAUAUAUUUGAUAUUUUUUUUUCUGUUAUCGCAAUUAAUCGUAUAUAUGUAAAACUAAGAAUCUAUGAAGUUUCAAGUAUGAGCAUCGUUUCGCCAUAUCGGUACAGUGAAAUUCAUCGUUUUAGAUAAGCACACUGUUGAUCAAAGAUACGAGCUGGAGUUGGGGUCCUAUAUGAAUUAUUUACACGUUUCCUGAUAACAUCGUUAAUAAUAACUUCGUACAUAAUUCAUUUCAUGUCGAGCGCAAAAUUCCAUAUAUUCUAAACACUUAAAUUACUUAAACGUGAAUAUUUCAGUAAGAGUGAUCUUUUAAAAUUAAAAGAAAAAAAUGUAUCGUGCUCAUCGGCGAAUUCUCUACGAGUAUGGUGCGGUGGGUAUGCUGGUAAAAAUUCUGAGUUUGUUCGUCACAUUAUUAGACUCAAAUGAGCUUAAUUCAAAUUUGUAAUUUACGCACUGAUUAGCGUGUAGUGCGCGCGCCUCCCACAAAACGGAGGAAGCAUUCAUUCGUCGUGUGUGAUGCGUCACGUCUGCAUGCAAGGGAGGUUCGUGGGAGGGAAGUUUUAGGGGAGAAGUCGAUGUAUUCAUCGAAGGUAGUAGCCUGGUGGAUUUUAUAUUUUAGCGUAGCGCGCUCCAGCGUUCUGCGUCAGUAGGUUCUAGUGAGCUCUCCAAGUGUCGACCAACAGCUUGGUUUGCCUCAACAAGAACCGAACCAUCCAACUUGUCGCCAGCAACUCAACUCUUAUUGUUGGCAGCUCAUCGCGUGUGUCGUCUGAUAUUUGUCGCAUAGCUAAAAAGUCACGCACCACGACAGCCGCAGUGAAUGAGAGUGUGAAUUUUUUGAGUUGCAUAAAAAUGAAGGGUAGUGGGAUAGAUUGUGAAUACAGGUGAAUAAUAAUAAUAAGUGGUGAAUUUGUAAAGAGUAACGUGUUUCAAAUGUGAUUGCAGUGCUGCACUAUUUAAAUUUAUUUCGUUAUGAGCCUAAUUUAUUGUGGAAUAAUUGAUCCGAGCUUUCGUUGUGGAAGAGGGUUGCGGUGUCGUCCUGUUCGUUUGUAAUAUACGUGGUUAUAAUGAAAGUAAAUAUUGAUACAAAGGACAGAUUAUAACAAAGAAGGCGUUAGGGAUGCAAAGGCCACACACCCCGCCGGGGCGGUUAAAGAGACACAAGAUAACUAAGAUGAAAUAAAAAAACGAAAAACAGAAGAACGUGAGCCGAAAUUAAACUACUUGCCGAAUGAGUUCCAAAUUCUUACAAAAUGAGUUCCAUGGUUAAUACCCUGUACGGGUUCGCAAUAUUUUUUAUGGUAUUCUGGUGCGCAAUGUGGAUUGUACACGUUCUGGCGCUGGUUGCCGGCCGAUGGAAAUUGCACAGAAAAAUCGCCCAGACUCCAACUUAUGAAACCCCUCUACCAGGUGUUUCGAUACUAAAACCCUUGAUGGGAGUUGAUCCGAACUUGUUUGGUAAUUUGGAGACAUUUUUCACCAUGAACUACCCCGUUUACGAACUACUAUUCUGUGUAGAAGACGAUUCUGACCCUGCCCUAAUGCUGGUUCACAAACUUAUGGAAAACUACCCAGAAGUUGAUGCAAGGCUUUUUGUUGGCGGCUGCACUGUUGGGGUGAAUCCAAAAAUAAACAACAUCCACUUGGCAUAUGAGUCCGCGAAGCAUGAGUUGAUAAUGAUAAGUGACAGCGGUAUUAAAAUGAAGGAAGACACCCUCUUGGAUAUGACGAACUACAUGACUGAAAAAGUUGCCCUAGUUCACCAGAUGCCCUUCACUUGCGACCGUGAAGGUUUUGCUGCAGCCUAUGAAAAAAUAUUCUUUGGAACUGUGCAAUCCAGGAUGUACUUAGCUGCUGAUUUACUUCGUAUAAAUUGCCACACUGGGAUGUCUGCGCUGCUGAGGAAAGCUCCACUCGAUGAGGUUGGCGGUCUCAAAGCUUUUGGGAUUUAUCUAGCUGAAGAUUUCUUCUAUGCCAAAUCGCUGACUGAUAGAGGUUGGAGAACAACUGUCUCAUCACAGCCUGCAUUACAAAACAGCGGGCAUUGCAAAGUCACCUUGUUUCAAGCGAGGCUAAGGAGAUGGGCCAAACUGAGGGUUGCUAUGCUUCCGUUGGUCAUAGUCUUUGAGCCAUUGAGUGAAUGUUUAUUACUUGGAGCUUGCGCCUCCUGGGCAGCAGGUUUGUUGUUCGACUGGGAUUCUUUGGUGUUUUACCUUGUACACAUACUCUUGUGGUUUAUGCUUGAUUGGACGUUGCUAUGCAUUGUACAAAAUGGACCGCUACCUUUUAAUAAACUAGAGUUUGUAUGCGGCUGGUUACUCAGUGAAACUACAAGGCCGUACUUAUUUGCUCAGGCAGUCCUCGACCCUCUGAUACAGUGGAGAUCCAGAGUUUAUAGACUCAAGUGGGGUGGCAUUGCAGAGGAAGUUAAAGCAAAAGUAAAAUAUUAGAAGAUAUUUUACAUGUAUUAAUAAUAGCUUUUAUCGAAUAUUGCCAAUAUUGCAUAUUAUUUACAUGCUCAUAAAGUAUGCUCAAUACCGUGCAAUGAUCUAUGAGAACUGUACCUAUAAUAGGUAUUAGCCUAGGUAUCAACUCUAUAAUAAUGUAACUUGACGCGUACUAGUAUUUGCCAACCUUCUGUAACAGCGUCUGGUUCCUUUUUUCACUCAAUCAUCUUUACAUACCGCAGCUUAACUUUAUCUUGUUCCCAAAUUUACAAGCAAUUAUUACUAUACAUAGGCAACAAAAUCAGGCUACAACUACCUGUAAUCAAUAAUAUACAAAAGCGAUGGAUUAGUUCAUUCACUGCACAAAUAAAUUAUCAAUCAUCUGUGAGGUUUAGGAUAAGAAUAGGAAUGAUUUGUAGGCUGUUUUCGAUUUCACUAGUGUAGAUUUUAAUUUGAAAUGUUUGCUAUCAAUUAUAAAAUGUAAAAAUCAGGAAAUCUACUACUUGAAAUAAUGAUAGCACUGAUCAAUUUUUAAAUCAAAGCGAUCUCUUUUUCCAUGGUUGUUCCAGUAGUAUAUGUAACAUUUGACUAGUUUAGGUGAGAAUUUGAUUUUUUCUGUAAUAUAUAGGUUUUAAAUCAAGUCCCAGCUUUAUUGCGCUCAAUACUAGUAUACGUAACGUGUUUCUUGCUCGUUUUUUUACUGUAUAGAUAAAUAUUUUUUCUAAUAUUUUGUGCUGAGUAUUCCUAAUAAUUCUUUAGAGGGUGCAUCUCAUCGUUUCGUGAGACGGAACCAUAUUGAUUUACCUAGUUAUUAUACCUGCAGUAUUAGAUCCCUAUCAGAUCUGAAAUCAACAAACCUAAUAGUAUUGAAAUUGAUCAUUACAAUACUUGGCAUCAGUUUUGUCACGAUCAAAGAUCUAUUUUCUCUUUAUGACACUUUUGUGUGCGCAACUACUAAGAUCAUGUUUCUAUUUUCUAACUAAAAUUGUACAUAUAAAAGCUCUACAUUCUUCUAGGUAUCAAUUUCGUUAUUUUAUUGGUUAUUUAAUUUUUUUUUUACAAUUGUCAUUAUCUUUUUACUAUUUCCGUACGCUUUGUUUACAUCCUUAUCAACCAAAAUAUUUGAUUAUCGCAUGCCAAAUCAGGUGCUACAGUGUGGCGAGCAAGUGAUAACGAUCAGUACGAUUGAAUAUUUGUUAAUAGCGAUUAGGAAUUUAUAGAUAAGUAUAUCAUCUCAAAAGGUUGUUUGUCAUCGUACAUUAUCAAAAAGUGCUGCUUUAUUUUACAUAUCCCACCAAUUUCAUAAAGACUGUGUUUACAUACAUUCGUUAAUUUAUUUUUAAUUUUCCUAUUGAAUUGCCAAAACGAUAAAAAAAUGAAAAAAAUGAAAAAAUUAAAUAAAUAAAAUGAAAUAAAAUGAUUCAAAAUCAACAGCUAUCCAAACUCACCUUCUGCCUUUAUCAACGGUAAUAAAAAUAUGUAUACCUUUAUAAAUACACUUCACCGCUGCAGCAGAAAGAAAAGUAUGUAUGUACAACAUGUACGCGACUAUUGCUUUCCUCAUUAAAUUAAAUCAAUUUUAUAACAAAAUAUAGAAACCGAGAGAGCAAUGAAAAAGAUUAAUAAAAAAAAAAUCAAAUAAGAAAUAAUAAAAUAAAGAAUAUAACAAAUAAAAUUAAAAAGAAAGGAACAGAAAAAACUGUGCAAAAUUAGAAAUUUCCAAUUUAUUGCACAACACAGAUUUCUCUUACAAUAUACAAUAUUAUACCGAUGAAUCAUCAUCGUCCAUUCACAUACACUCAAGUCCAAUAUUGGGCUCGACAAUGUACUUAUCAAUUGAUGCACAUGAAUUAUAAAUAUCUAUGUACCAUACAAAUGUAUAAAUAAUAUGUUAUAUAGCGGCCAAGUAAAGACGCGAUUUUCAUGUAUUAUUACAUGGUGAAAAGAACAGUAUCAAAGAUCUGAAGUGUUUUCUGGUAACAAGUACACAUGUAUGCUGUAAUACCUAUACCUGUAUAUGCACAAUUUAGUUAUCAUAAUGCAAUACCAUUUAUUAGACCAAUUAAAAUAUAACGUAAAGAUUGUCUGAAUCAAAUAAAUAAAUUGAAAAUAAUUAGCUAAAACCGGAGAAAAAGAGAUUACAAUUUUUAGAGAGAAACAAAAAUAUUAUUGCGAGAAAAUUUAAGUGUGAAUAUACCGAAGCAAAAAGAGAUGUAAUUUCUUUUAAGCAAUUAAAUAUUAUUGUAGUUUAUUUCGUACGGAAAAAAAGAAAUUGAUGAAUAAAAAAAUUCUAGUGCUCAAUAUUAUUUGUACAAACGAUCAGCAAUUGUCAUAUACAUAUUUGAGAAAAAGAACACGUAUACAAGAAAAUUAAUAAUUAAAGGAAUACAGAAAACGAUAUGUAGUUGUGAAUUUAUCGCUUUUUUUCUAUAUAGAAUAAAACAAAUACAUGAUCUGAUUAAGAAAAAAAAUAAUAAUUACGUUGAUAUUUAACUUUAAAAGAAAAAUUAAUAGUCAUUAUCGAUUAGUAAUUGUUUAUUAUUUGAUGGCUUCAUUAUACAUUAAAUAUUUUAACUUGUAUAUAUGCAUAUGAAUCUAGUGUUACAUUUAUAACAAAAAAACCCUGCCGAGUUAGCUGCAGAAAAUUGAACCUUUUUUUUCUCAUUUUCAUUGUAACAUCGCCGUGCAAAAUACACACACCGCAUACCCGUAUUAUGAGAUAAUAUCUUGCAGCUCCAAUGCAGAAUUCAUGAUCAUGCAGUGCUAGUUAUACACAUGUAUUUUACAUUAUGCAGCAUACGCGAGUUGACGUUUUUUUUUUAUUUCUUUCCAUCUGCUAUCAAAUAUAUAUUUAUUCAUUCGUUUAAAAAAAUGAAAGAGAAUGAAACAGAUUGACAAAUUGAAUGUAUGAAUAAAAGUGAGAGAUAAAAAAAUUAUAAAAUUGCCUGCUCUUUUCGAAGAUGGUUCAAUGAAAAUAAAGAUAAAACUCAAAUAAUAGAUAAUGAAAUUGAAUAAUAAAAAAAAUAAAUAAAAGAAAGCCUUACUAACCAUAUCUGAAUUUGAAUAAAUAUUAUACAUAGAAAAUGCCACUCGCUUUUGCUGCUGCGUCUGAUUUUUCGUAUGUAUGUAUCUUCGUCUGUAACAAUGUCCGUCUUUAUAGAUAUAAUAUGAUAAUAUGAUCAUGGAGAACUGAGAUAUAUGCCGUUAUAGUAUUUGAAACAGAAAAAAAUAAAAGACAAAAUUAAAAGUGAAAAAUUGAAUUCAAAACAAAGAUAAAAAUUAAUGAAUGAAAAAUUUAAAUACGUAAAGACAUUGCAUCUAUAUCAGAAAGGAAAGAAAUACUUAUAUCUGGGACUUACUAAUAUUAUACAUAUACCUGUAGGUGUAUACAAGAUUGAAUUGAGAAAAUAUGUUAAUUACAACAUCCACUGCGACGUGAGUACGAAUUAAGUUAAUUUAAUGCCUUUAUAAGCUUGGUAUAAAUAUAAAAUUUGGAUCUAAGAUUAAUUAAUAAUAAUAUAGGAUCGAAUAAGUGGGACUAACCGUAUCAUAUGUCGCGACAAAUAACGAUUAUCUAAACGUUUACAUAUGCACAUCAUCUAAAAUAUUUUAACCUAAGAGACAUGUAUAAUUCGUUGUGAUAUUUUAUUUUGCUUGACUUGAUUUUUUUCAUCGACAUCCCUCGUUCAUUGUACAUAAUCAUGUGAAAAUAUUUAUUCCCAUUUUAUUUUGUCUAUUACUUUAUUUCAUUUUUUGUUUGGAAUUAAAUGUACAAAGACAAAAUAAAAUGAAUCAAUAAAUUGAUGGAAAACUAAAAUAAAGAAAAUGAAAAGAAAUUACAAUAAAUUUAUCACCUCACAUAAUAACGCGGUUUGAUUUGAGAAGUUCGUUAAAUAAAAAAAUUCUUUUCGAGUUUAAAUUACAUACAUGUAUUAUGUACAGUUAUAAAUAUAUAAAAUGUAAAUAAAAUAUUAGAUAAUAACGAUAAUAGGAUCAAAAUAAAGUCGAACAUAAAAUUAGUGAAAUAAAAAUUUGAAGAAGGAAAUAAAGACUUCAGUAAUUUGCAUCAUUUUCGCGCACAUAACGUGAUAUACAUACACAUUCUUGAAAUAAAUUGAUUAACUAGUCGAAGUCAUCAGGUUUUCUUCUUUCUUUUUAUUGAUAUUUCUCGAUUCGCGUCUGAUUUUCUCUUUCCUAAUUUCUACAAUUUAUUCAAUAUCUUGAAGUGUGAUUAUCAUAAAUAUUGAUAAUAUUGGCUCAUACAGAAUCCGAGAAAACCAAAUUCAGAAUGAAAUCAAAUAGUAAAGAAGAUAAAUUGAUGAAAAUAAAAUACAUAUGUAUUAUGUGUACAGAUACCUAUCGAAAAAGAAUUGAUCAAUGCGAAAAAAAAAAAGAAAAAUCAUGAAAAAAAUUAAUAAAGUGGCCAAGAAACGGCUGCAGUUGUGAUCUCCGCUUAUGAUAUUGUUACAGACAUAUGUAUAGUGAGGAUUUCUGCGCAUGUGGAAAUUUGUUUUCUCGAAUUACAUCACGUAUAAUUAAAACAGAAUGGAACGCGUUCUAAUCCGAAAAAAUUCUGAUUACAAAAGUGAUGAAAUAAUUAUUGCAUCAAUAAAAACUGGAAAAAAAAAACCAAGGCAAAAAGUUUUCUGCACGUACGUGGUACGAUAAUGAGUGAUUGAUUAUAAAAUGUAUAUCUAGUCAAAUUUUCUCCCCUAUCGCUCGCGUGUGUACAUACCUAUAUUAUCGAAUCAUCUUAUAGAUUUACGCAAUAAAUUUCAAUGAACGCGAUUAUUUACUUAUUAUUACCAAUUAUAUCAGUAAAAUUAAGGUUUUUCAAUUUCUUUCUUUAAUCGAACGAACGAAGAAAAAUGAAUCUUUUCCAUGCUCUUGAUAUGCAGAAAUUGAAGUUGUAGUUACGUAUAGAAUGAACUAUGAUAAAAAUCGUGCGGAUGAAGACGAGAAAGAUUCAUAAAUCAUUGAAAUGAAUCAUCGUAUAAUAUUGCAGUUUCCUAUGUUCUAUAUCUAUAUACAUAAAUAUAGACAUGCGGAAAUUGUAUUAGAUCUGUAACAUAGACUAUUAUAGUGUAGAAUGUCUUAGCAAUGUGUAUGAAGACUAGCGAAGAAAACAAAAAAGAAAAAAAUAUUUAGGAAAUACAUAUAUGAUAUUAAAACAUGAAAUUUUUUUGAAAAUCUUAAUAAAUUAAACACGUUAUAUUUGUGUGUUUGUGUGGAAUUUUCGCAUUUGUUAUUAUUUAUGAAUAUAAAAGAAACUAAAACAAACUCCAUACGGACCACCGCGCCAGGAUAUGAAAAAUGAUCUAUAAGAUACAUCUAAAUUAUUUGAAAAAAUGUUCGUUUAUUAAUUUUUAGAAUAUUCCAGUUACUUCCAAAUCUGCAGCGCAGAAAUCCUGUUUUGUCACACGCUAUAGAUUUAUUAUUACGAUAUUAUUUAAGCAUAAAUAUAUUUCUGAUUUUAAAUAAAAAAAGUACCUACGCGGAAAUCACUUACACGGUACACAUACUCGAUAAUAAGUACCUCUAUACUUACGAGUAUAAAAUAUCACCGAAAAACAUGCCAACAUCUGAUUUAUCCUUAUAACCAUCAUAUACAUAUGUCUAUAAAUCGAUUCAAUGCGAUACCCAAGAAGACAAACACUGGUAUGUUGUACGCAAAAAUUUAAAUAAUUUGUAAUAAAAAAAUUGAAGAUUUUCGACAAAAACAUUCAAAUAAAAUGGAAAUAAAAUGAAAUAAGUUGUGUAGAACAGAACAAUCGUUCAUUACCGGGUCCUAAAUUGUGUUGUCUAGAAAAUUAAAUUUUCUUAUCUCUUUUUUGUUGUACCAAAGAAUUAAAAUAACAUCAUUCGCAAUGAUUUACACAUAAUUGCUUUAUAAUUUUAAUGAAAAUAAAUGCUCAAGAUUUUAGCUCGGUAUUCCUUAAUAUUCUACACGUAUUAUGAAUCUAAUUUGUCAGAUGACGCUAUGGUUCGGUAUGAGAAUAAUUCAACGCUGACGCAUAUGUAGAGACUGGUGGAUUGUACUUAUAUGUCACACGAAAUCGGAUGGAAUUAGCCUCGAUUUCGUGAUGAAAUAAAUUGAGUGAAAUUAAUUUUUUUUCUUUUUUUACGGGAUUUACUCGGAGGAAAGAAUUGGAGGAAAAAAUUGCUCAUGUAUGCUUCAAUAUUGCGCUCUUUAUCGUUCUUCAGAAGAUAAAUCACGUGAUUUGAUUAUUAUUGACGGGAGUUUGAUUAAGUUGUGAUAAUUAUCUCAGACAUAAACCGUUGACUGCGAUUAUUUACGAAUUAUUCACCGAUUCAUGAAUGACUCAUCGAGAUAUCUUACUUUCCCUGCGCAUAUAUAUAUAGUACAACGGUCCAUCUUGUGCGCGAUGAUCUCGCGUUGACCAUGACCUUGGACAACCAAAACUUGAAAGAACAAAUCAGAUGAAUUGAAACAAAAUUUUAUUAUCAGACAGAGAAAAAAUGGAUGGUGCAGAUAAGAAGUUUAAUUGCGGUUUGCAAUGAAUACGUGAAUAAUAAUGAGAUAAAAUUGUGCGUCGAGUCGCAUGGUAUACUUCACGGAUCAUUAAAUUUUUAUCAAUUUUGAAGAUAAUAUUAUCGAAUUGUUAAGUUGAAUAUCGGGUUAAAAAAAACCUUCAAGGAAAUGAAUAAACCGUGCAUAUUUAGAUACGGUGAUCGCGUAUAAUAUGAAUGAUCGUUAUUUCGACAACAAGCAUAUCGAAGCUUUUGCUAUGAAAAAAAAAAAAUUUGGCUGAACAACUGUCUGCAGCUGCAGUUUACUCAAUAUAUGUUAUUACCUAUGAGUAUAGAACAAUAAUAAUUUUACGCAUAAGUUGAAAAUUAAUCGAUAAGAAUUGAUCCAAAUAUAAUAUCAGUUGAUUGAGCAAUCGUUAUUAUUGAUCUAAGAAAACAGAAAAAAAAAAGGAAUAAAAUAUUAGAAAAUGAAUAAAAAUGAAUAAAUGAACCCGAGUAUUACGUGUAUGUGAGAACGUUUACAUUUACUCAUAUCAUAUACGAGACGUACAGCAAAUUAGUAUAGGUAUUCUUCUUCUCAAUUCUCUUUUUUCCUCUGCCGUUAGAUAAGCUACGUUAUUAAAAGCACUGGAGACGAAUUAAAAAAAAAAAAUUGUAAAUAAUUUCAACCUCAAUUUAUAGAAGGCUCUUUCAUAACUUACCUAAUUAUCUAAUCUGCACGGAAAUAAUUUUGAUCACAUGUAACAGUUAUUAUUACCAUACAUUAAAAUGUCAUUGCGUAUCACAUCCGCGAAGGACAACGUGAUUUUUUUCUUUUUUGUCUCUUCAAACUAGCUUAAAAUAUCGAAUGAUAUAAUAAUGUACGUAUAUACAUAUCAUAUUAUUGAGUUAUUGAGUGUAAUAAUAAUUUGUAAAAAAAUAUUUAAAAAAAAAUCUCGGUGAUUACAAACGUUUAUUUAUAGACUUGUGUGAAGAAAUUUUUUUUUCCUUCUUCAAAAAUGUCGCUUCAGUUUUGAAAAAUUUUGAAAAUCUGUUUCCUUAAUUCCACACCGGAUUUUUGAUCGGUUAAUUUUUAUUGAAAAUCGCCGAGGUGAAAGAAUAAUUUCGCUUCGUCCAUUUAUUUUUCAAUGCAUAUUACAGCGAUUCUUCUCGAAAAGAAAAAUGAACAUAAAUAUAAAUAUGGUCGCGAUGCCGUUACGGCAUUAUUAAUCAUUUAAAUUGUAGGGUCCGUUGCACGAGCACGAACAACUCUCUUAUACGACUAUACGGAAUCACUAUAUUUUUCAACUAUCGGUUUAUAACUUUUCAAGGAUGAAAAUACUGCACGAUCCUGCAGCGUAAGUAACAAGCUGUGUAUACAUGCCGUACACUCUUACCUACGUACCGGUGUACAUACGCAAUACGGAUACACUCUCGUUUCUAAGGUAACAAAUAUUUUGAUUGAUCAAUUUUCACAAAUUAACAAUUACUCGCAGGUAGAAAAAAUCAGGGAAAUUAUAAACCCCAGCAUCGCACGCUGAGGGUCGUUCCUUGAAAAAGAUCUUAAAAUAAAUAUUCAUUGUUUAACGAUGAUCAAUUAAUUAUGCCAACAUUGGACAAGAUGAAGUAAUUGAACGAUAUGUUUGAAGAAAAUUGAAAUUGUCAAAAAUAAGGAAAUAGAAGAGCGGAGAAUAAGACCGUGGAGGAAAAAAAAAAACCAUGUAACAGUCCCGUGCAAGUUUAAAUUUAAUUAUUUAUACAUGAACAUAAUUGUAUAUUGAUAUAAUAAUUCACAUUGUACAUGUCUGUGAUAAUAAGUUUUAAUUUGUGUUCAUAAUAAUUGCGACGAUAUGGUUAGUCGAUAUACAUUAUACCAGCUAUAUUACAUUACUAUAUAAAUAUUACAGCAUGUUUUACUGCUACUUGCUGCUGCUGCUGCUGUCGCUGAUGAUGACGAUGAUGAUGAUGAUGAUAUAACAAUGAUUCGCUAUAUUUCAUAAAUUAUAUAGCUGAACAUAUUGUCUUGUACAUGAUAUAAAUAUGUAAUAUAUUAUGUAUACGUACUUAUUAUAAAUAAUUGUGGAAUUACCACGAACCAUUGUUGAAUCAUUUGAGAGAACGAACGAACGAACGAACGAACGAAAGAAAAAAUAAAAUAACAAAACAAAAGACAAAUAAGAACAUCAAAAAUUAACGAAGUGGUAUACAUAUAUUUAAAACGUACAGACUAAAUAUUGUAAUUUAUGAAUGAUGAUCAAUAAAAGCCAUAAUUACAGAA